AUGGGAAAAGAAAAAUCAAGAUUAUAUGAAGAAUACUUAAAAGAUGAUAUAAAAAAGGAAGAAUUUUAUGAUAUUAAAAUUGACAGCAAUGACCAAAGAAUUUCAAGUUUUGCAUCGAUGAAAUUUUCUAAUUUAGAAAAAGAAUUUCAAAUGUUUAAUGAAUCCCCAAUAAAUAAAAAAAUGAUAAAUAAAGAAUUCGAAGAAAAUCAAGAUUUAUCUGAAUUAGAAAUUGAGGAAAAAAAGCAAUCAGAAAAAUAUAACGAAGACAUUUUCUAUAAAAAGGAAAAUAACAGUUACAAUGAAUAUGCAAAUGAACACAAUUUAAAAGAUGAAAAUAAUCUGUCAGGAGUCAAUUUUAUUGAUAGCAUUUUAAAAAAUAUUCAAAAUGAUAACAUUUUAGAAAGUAACGACAAAAAAUUUUCUAAUAAUUUGAAAUUUUAUGAAACUUAUGAUUUAAAGAAUAAUGAUGAUAAAGCUAUGUAUAAUAAUGAGAUGGAACAUAUUUUAUAUAUAUGGAAUGGUAAUAAGAAAUUAUUUUUUAGUUGGUGUUCUUCUUUGGGAAAGGGAGAUCUAAAAAAUUCCAUAUAUAAUUUCUGUAUGAAUGUUAUAAACGAUGAAUUUUAUUUAAUACGCCUGGAAGAAUUAAAAGAGGAAAAUUUAUAUAAGGAAGAUGAUAAGAAUAUAAAAAAAAUACAUUUAAAUGAAAACAAAAUUAUAUAUUAUAAAAUAUGUGAAUCAUAUGAUUAUGAUGAUUUUGGAAACAUAAAAAAAAAUGAAGAAUAUUUAAUUAAAAAAAAAAAAAAAAGUUAUGAAAAAUUAGAAGAUUCUCUAAGUUUUCCAGAAGUUUGGAGUGCAAUCGAAUAUACGAAGGAAGGAUCUAAUUUAUUAAAACAUACGGUUUUUAAUAUACCUCAUUUACGUUUUUUUUUUUUAAGUAAAAAUUUACAAUUUAUAAAAUGGUAUUCCUCAAGAAAAUCAGAUGAAGAAUCAAAAAUUUAUUUUAGAAAUAUAAAUAGUUUAGAAAUUAAUAAUAUAGAUGAUAAACUAUUUGAAAACUACAAAAUUGAUUUAUUAAAAAAGCUUUCCUUCAGUAUUACAUACAAUAAUGAAAAGAAAAAAAUAAUUUUAACUUGUAAAAAUUUCCGAGAAUUUAACUAUUGGAUUACUGCUGUUAGGGCUCUUUUGUUUCAUUUCAGGAAAAUAAAGAUUACAAAAGAUAUUUUGUUGUCCCAUUUAAGUGAAUUUACAUAUUUUGAUAAAAAUAAAAAAUAUUCCACUAAAUUAAAAUUAACAAAUCAAUCUGAUAAAUUUUGUGAAUUAAAAAGAGUAGACGAAAAAGAGAAAGAAAAAAUAAAAGAAUUAGAAUCAUUAAAAAAGUUUAACCUUUAUAAUUUAAUAAGCUUUCCAAAUUACAAUAUAUAUCAAAUAAAAACCAAAUUUUAUUUAUUAAAGGAAAGGUUUUAUAAAUAUAGAAUUUUAAUUGAACAAGAGAUAGACGAUUUUUACGCAAAUGAAAAUAUAAAAAAUCUAUGCAAAAAUAAUAAUAAUCAAGAUAGCAAAAAUAUAGCAUUUAAAUCAAUAAGAAAUGAGAUGAUACAUUAUAACUAUAAAAGCAGUCAUGAAAUAAACAAAAUGAGUAAUUAUGAUUUACUUCAGCAGGGAUCUCAUCAAUUUAAUAGUAGUGGUGAUAAUAAUAAUGAAAUUAAUAAUUUAUAUAAAAAUUAUUGUAAUGAUGAUUAUAAUAAUAAUAAUUUUUCAGAAAAUGUUAAUUUAAAUGAGGAUAAGGAAAAUACAAAAGAAAAUAUAAACACUAAAUUAAAAACAAAUAUUUUAUCAUAUGAAAAUUACAAUUCAAGUAAUAAAAAUGUAAAUGAGAAAAAGGAAAUGGAAGCUUCAUUUAAAAAAAAUGAUUUUGAUAAUACCACGAAAUUAGAAGAAAUAUAUUCAUUAAAUAAUCAGCCAAAUUUAAAUAUUAAUAAAACGAAUUUUCUUCAGAAAUUAGAAGAAAAUAAUAUUGAAGAGGAUUCCAACGAAUUUAAACUUUUUUUAAUUAUUAAAAUAUUUAACAGGAUUGAUAAAAAACUUAGAGUUAUACAAAAAAAUAUUCUAGAAAUUGUUAAAAUAGUAAAAUUAGAAGAAUCAAGGCAAAAAAAAAAUGAUGUCAAUUUUCUUUCAUUAGAUAAUAUUUUGAAAUAUACUACUGAUAUCUAUAAAGCUAUUGAAAACAAACUCGUAAAAAAUGAAAGUAAUAUAAAUAUUGAAAAUAUGAAAUUUUUUAAUUCACAGAAAAAUGAUAAUGAAAUAGAUAAAAACAAAUUUAAUAACUCUUUUAACAAUAUUGAUUAUAUUAGUAAUCCUAGUAAUGAAAAUUUACUUAAUACGAAUUACAAUGGAAAACAAAUAUGUUUGCAAGAACAAAAAUUUUCUGGAAAAAAAAUAAUAAAUUCAAGUAAAUUAAUUCAUAAUAUUCUGUUUGAUAUGUGGUUAUGCGAAAUAGAGUUAGGAAAUAUUGAAGACAUUUAUACUAUUUACACUUAUAAUUUAAAAAAGAAAAAUUUUUUAAUUAACUUUGAUGGAAAUAAAAUUCUUAAAACUAUAUCACAACAUAUAUCAACAACAAUUAUGAAAUAUAUAAAUUUUUAA